AUCGACAUAAUCGAAUCAUCGAGUAUUCGAGUCUCUCGCCAACGUUCGACGUGGAAGUCGUUGGAGGAUCGUCCGUCAUUCGCCCCGGGCGAGAAUCUAUAGUCGAUAACGGCACGCACACGUAUUAGGACGCGCCGGUGUUACGUCUCGCGUCGUGGCGGUGCAAAUGCGCGCGCCAGGCGAGUACGAGCCAGUCCGCGAACAUCGGGCCAGUCAGUCAGUGGCAGGAAAAAAUGGCGGAUGUCGACUUGAAUAUCGACAACUUGAUACAGAGAUUGUUGGAAGUAUACCACACGCAGAAAGACCAGGUUCAGAAGAAAGCCAAGCUAAAAGAUAUUUUCUCGUCGGACUUUGUCGUCAGAGGAUGUCGACCGGGCAAGACCGUUAUCAUGACGGAGGCCGAAGUACGUGGCCUCUGUCUGAAGUCGCGGGAAAUUUUCCUGCAACAGCCGAUCCUAUUGGAAUUGGAGGCCCCGCUUAAGAUCUGCGGCGACAUACACGGCCAAUAUACCGACCUGCUGCGACUCUUUGAGUACGGCGGCUUUCCGCCCGAGGCGAACUAUCUGUUCCUGGGCGAUUACGUUGACCGAGGGAAGCAAUCUUUGGAGACGAUAUGCUUACUGUUGGCAUACAAAAUCAAAUAUCCAGAGAACUUUUUCCUGCUGCGCGGCAAUCACGAAUGCGCCAGCAUAAACAGGAUAUACGGCUUUUACGACGAGUGCAAGCGGCGAUAUAACAUCAAGCUUUGGAAGACUUUCACAGACUGCUUUAACUGCUUGCCGAUCGCUGCGAUUAUUGAUGAAAAAAUCUUCUGUUGCCAUGGCGGGCUCAGUCCUGAUCUGCAGGGAAUGGAGCAAAUCAGAAGAAUCAUGCGUCCAACUGAUGUACCUGAUACCGGUCUCCUCUGUGAUCUUUUAUGGUCCGAUCCUGAUAAAGAUGUUCAGGGUUGGGGUGAAAACGAUAGAGGAGUCUCAUUCACAUUCGGUCCAGAUGUCGUGUCGAAGUUCUUGAAUCGUCACGAUAUGGAUCUCAUAUGCAGGGCGCAUCAAGUGGUCGAGGAUGGCUACGAAUUCUUCGCCAAGCGACAACUCGUCACACUUUUUUCUGCGCCAAAUUACUGUGGCGAAUUUGAUAAUGCCGGCGGAAUGAUGAGCGUUGACGAAACGUUGAUGUGCAGUUUUCAGAUCUUGAAACCAUCGGAGAAGAAGGCAAAAUACCAAUAUGGAGGAAUGAACACGGGUCAAACAGGUAGACCAUCUACACCACAAAGGAAUCCAGCGAAAAAGAAAUGACAGCCUUCAACCGAACCUGCACAACAAACGCGAUUAUCCUUAAUGGAGGCUAUCAUGCUAGGUAAAUCUGCUUUAUGCUUGUCAAAGCUUACUUAAUCACACUAGUUGACCACUUAUGUGCAUUAUUACGAGUCUAUUUCCCACGAUUAUCAGUUGAAUAGAAAAAGAGAAAAAGAACAGAAAAAAAGAAAGAAACGAAAAGAAAGCGGAAGGAAGCGAAAUGUAGAACGUUGCUCGAUAUAUUUAAGUUUGUACAAUGAUUCACCGAUGAUUUAGAUGUAAUACUUAGCAUGCGACGUUUCCAACACAUGUACACGCUUCGAGGCAAACACGAUUUAAGAAUGAACUUAAUUUAUGAUUCAAAGACAUUAAUGGAAUUACUCGGACACAUGGGCUUGCGAAAAUUCUUAGUGCUUUAUAGUCGAUGCGCUUGUCGAAAACGUCGAGUUUCUCGGCGCUGCUGUGUAUCUGAU